UCUAGGUUUGGCACCCGAGCUAUGGUACUAUUGGCAGAUGUACCCGUACAUAUUCGGCGAGUUCACAUGUCGUCUCACGAAUUUCCUUAGAGCCACGGGCACCUGGGCAUCAGCGCUCACAGUGGUCGCGUUCUCGAUAGAGCGUUACACCGCGAUCUGCCAUCACUCACCCUCCCGUUCGCGGGAACAUAGGCGAGUUGCGAUGGCGAUACUCGCCAUUUGGAGCAUCAGCGUCGCGACUUCACUGCCAGGGGUGCAUGUGCAUCAUGUUGUGACGAACCCUGUGGUGGUGUAUCCUGGAACAGGAAAGGUACCCUUACUCACCCAGCUGUGCCGUGUCCCUGGAGACGGCCAGUACAAAUAUUACAACCACCUGUACGCCACCACUUGCGCGCUUUUCUUCUUCUUGCCUAUGGUCGUGCUAAUGUUGGUGUACAUUAAAAUUGCAGUGUUUAUAAGAUCGCACAGACAACUGGCGAGGAACAACGGCAUCAGAGGUCGAAGCUCGGAGGACAAUAAAAUCUUCAAAGUAUUAGUGGCAGUGGUGCUUGCGUUCUUCAUUUGUGGCGCUCCGUACCACUACCAACGCCUAACUACAAUAUACACUGACUCGGAUGAAUACCCGGAGUACCACAGGAAGGUGUUCGUGCUCACGGCGCUGUUUUAUUAUUUGUCGGCCACAAUCAAUCCCAUUCUCUACAAUGCUAUGAGCAAAAGGUAUCGAAAAGCAUUUAAGGAGGUCAUUACCAGGGCAAGUAGACAACAAAACGUUCCAAUGACUACUGUAGCCAAGGAGAGCAGCAAAAAAUAUAAUACGACUCUCGCAGAUUCUUUACUAGCUACUUGA